AUGUACAUCACGCCAAAUCAAUACUAUAGUGCCUAUCGGGAUCUAAAGCGAACAUCACUUUCGCACUCGACAUGUAAAUUAGUCAUCUUUGUAUCGUGCUUGGACGUUGACUCGCUAUGUGCCGCCAAGAUGUUUAGCAUGUUGCUCAAGAAGGAGCUUAUACAAUACCAGUUACUACCAGUGCUCGGAUACAAUGACUUGAAAGCACAUUACAAUAAGUUAGAUUACGAUGUUGCAAAUGUGGUCUUGAUAGGUUGCGGAGCAAUGUUGGAUGUCGAAAACUUUCUUGAUAUCAACCCCGAGGAACUACUCACUGAGGACUCUUUUGCUAAUGGCAAUGCUGCUACUGAUAAUCUAGACUUGGCACAUUCAUUGAGAAACUACUCAAGAAAGAUAUAUGUCAUUGAUGGGAAUAGGCAGUGGAACUUGGACAAUUUGUUUGGGUCUGAUGUGGUGAUUUGUUUUGAUGAUGGGUAUGUCGAGGGAAACCUUCAGGAGGAAAAGAAAGCAUAUGAGGCAUUAUCAGUGGAAAGUGAUGAUGAUGAUGAUGAUGAAGAAGAGGAAGAGGAGGAAGAUCCAGAAGAUUCAGAGUUGAGCGAGAAUGAAACGUCUGGUGGAGACACAGAGGCUGAUGAGGAAGCAGCUAUCAAUUCAGAUGACUCUGAGUUUACGGUUGCAAGAAAGAGGAAAUUGCAAGAACGACUGGCAAAGCUGCUAAAGAGACGUCGUAGAAAAGAGCAGUCCUCAUAUGAGGAUGUUGUGCGUGCAUACUACAAUCAAGGAUCAACUAUAGGCACAGCCAAUACCAUUACAGUAUAUGCAUUACUCACGGCAAUUGGUGAGACCAAUUUGGAGAGCCUUUGGAUUGCAAUCAUUGGAACCUCCUCUUUGGAUAGCCAUUAUCCCGAGAUUUACGACAAAUUACAGCCAUUACUCAAGGAAGAAGUUAUGAGAUUGAAUCCAAACCAUGAGUCGACCAAAAAACGAGCAGACCAUACAAUGCUAAGAGUAGAGAGAGAUUACCAUUUGUUUCUUCUACGGCACUGGACUCUUUACGAUGCAUUUUUCUACUCGAGUCAAGUCAAUUCCAAACUCAAUUUGUGGACUGAUGAAGGUAAAAAAAGGCUUCAUAAGCUAUUUGCCAAGAUGGGGGUCUCGCUAGCAGUAGCACAACAAAAAUGGCUUUACAUGGAUACCAAGGUCAAGAGACAACUACCCAUCAUUUUCCGGAGAUACCUUCCCAUUUAUGGUCUCGAAGGUAUUGUGCGAGAAGGGUUUAUUAAAACUUAUGGGUAUACGGGCCUGCUUUCAGCAAUGGAAUGCGUUGAGGCACUAAGUGCAUUGCUUGAGUUGGACGAAAAGUUUAUCCACGACUCUGCCAAAUUGAACGAAGAAGACAAUAGACUAAUUGAUAACGAGGAAGAGAGAAUACGCAGGAGGAUGCGACGAAAAGAGUCAUCGUGGCUUAAUAACUUUUGGUCUGCGUGGGACGCAUUAAAUGUCAACAAGUCGCUCACCAACACCACGAGUAAUUCCACAUUCACUAAGCUCAAAGGUAGCGAGUUGCUUUUCCGAGGGUUGGAGUAUGCUAAAAACUUGCAGCAAAUCACUUUCCGAACAGGAAUGUCGCUUUUGGAGAGGAAGAUGAUCAAGAACCUCAAACUCUAUAGACUAUGUGUAUUGAACGAUGGUGCUGUUCCCGAUUUGGAGAUAUUUAUCAACCCACUCAUGUUGUCGAAGUUGGGUUCAUGGCUUAUUGAAAACUUGGCGGAACUCGAUUUUAUAAAUGGGAACCAUUCUUUGAAACCUUUGGUGGUGGCGAGCUUGGAUGCUAGCAGCGAUACGUACUUGGUGAUUGGUAUGGCACCUCGAUAUCCUCGUGGAAUGAGUGCGUCGGAGAAGGCAAAGUUGUUGCAGGAGACCAAAAAUGAUAGGAUUACCGCCGAGUCCAUGACCACUAGACUCAACACAUUUAGUGUUGCCUUUCAACAAUUGUCGCAAACUUCAGGUGCAAAAGUGCGUGUUGAUAGUUUCAACAGUUCAGUAAUUGAAAUCCGGAAGGAUGAUUUGGCGCCAUUUUUGGAGAAAUUGACACUCAGCGGGCUCGUCUAG